GACCUCCUCCUCCACUUCUUUCCUUUCUCCUUCAACUUCCACUUCUUUCUCUUCUCCACCUCUUUCUCUACCACUUUCUUCUUCCUCCUCCUCCUCCUCCUCUUCUCCUUCCUCCCUUCUUCAUCCCUUGCUGCCACUGCCUUCGCUCCCUCUGCAUUCACUAUGUUGGUCGAAUUUAGUGAUUGCGCAGAGCCUGUACCAAUGGGUUCCUCCUUAGUUGCUCGUAAUCUUCCAGCUCCAAUUUUGCAGGAACAAGCUCGAAGAGUUAUUAUUGAGGAAAUUGCCGGUGAAGAAGGAAUCUCAUACGGUUCAACAUUUUAUAUUCUCACUGAGUAUCUUAGCUUGAACAUGCUCACAGUGGUCAUUCUGGAUUUCACAACAUUGCAGGAACAUCAAUUGAUCCAAAGAGCCGAACAUUCUUUAACGACUUUGUCAAAGAUAUUCUUUAUUUCUGGUCCAAGUGUCACAGAAACUACACUCCCAACGCCCAUACAUCCAAUUCUAUCUCUUUUCAGUAUUAAAUCUGAUGAAGGUGUAGAUCAAUCAGAUGACAUGACAAGCAAAUUAUAA